UGAUGACGCUAUGUAGCUGAUGGAAAACCUCCUCCUGUGAUUCGCGGGAAAAGUGCAAAAUGGCGACGGCCGAAGUUUGAAGUUUAGCGCGACGAAAGCAGAGAAAGUGAGAGAGAGAGAAGGCGGAUAGAGAUACGGAUGCAUAGACGAGACAUAGAUUAACGGAGAGUGAGACGGGACAUUUGUGUGUUUGUCUCCCUGGAGUCCGGGGCACUGAGAGGACACAUACCGGACCACAGGACGAUGUUUGAGGACCUGAUUGAAGCCUUCUGUGCUCUGGAGCCUCAGGUAGCUCAAGGGGGCGGGGCAUGUCGGAAAGUGCACAGCCCAAGAGAGGAGGCGCAGUUUAGUUUGAGUGUUGGACAGUUCGUCCUCUGUCAUUGGUCAGAUGGACUCUACUACCUGGGCAAGAUCCAGAGAGUAAGCCCUCCACGGCUGAGCUGCUUCGUCACCUUCGAGGACAACUCCAAGUUCUGGGUCCUCUGUAAGGACAUCCAACAUGCCGGAGUGCCGGGGGAGGAGCCUCGCUGCUCGGUUUGUCAGGAGGCGGAACCAAACUCGGACAGCCAAUCAAACCCAAACAACCAGAUCCUCAUCUGUGGAAAAUGUGGCAUCGGUUUCCACCAGCAGUGCCACCUCCCUCCUGUAGAGGGCAGCAUUAGUCUCAGUCCUUGGUUCUGUAGACGCUGUGUCUUCGCUCUGGCUGUUCGGAAAGGUGGCGCUCUAAAGAAAGGACCAAUAGCGAAAGCUCUGUCAGCCAUGAAGCAGGUGUUACCCUACGACCUGGACUCUCUGGACUGGGACUCUCAGCACCGGACCAAUCACCAACAGUGUUACUGUUACUGUGGAGGCCCUGGAGAGUGGUACCUGAAGAUGCUGCAGUGUUUCAGAUGUCAGCAGUGGUUCCAUGAAGCCUGCACUCAGUGUCUGCAGGACUCUAUGAUGUUUGGAGAUAGGUUCUACCUCUUCCUGUGUUCGGUCUGUAAUAAAGGAUCAGAGUAUGUCCGUCGUCUUUCUCUGCGCUGGGUGGAUCUGGUUCACCUGGUCCUCUACAACCUGUCAGUAAGCAGCAAGAAGAAAUACUUUGAGCUGGACGAGAUCCUCACCUUAGUGUCUGCAAGCUGGGAAGCCCUACAGCUCGGAAAGCUGUCCCACACUCCUCCGUCAGAGAGGGGGCAGCACCUGCUGGAUGCUCUGAAUAAAUACAAGAGCAAGUUUCUGUGUGGAAAAGAGAUCAAGAAGAGGAAAUGCAUCUUCCGCCUGAGGACCAGAGUCCCUCCAAACCCCCCCUCCAAACUGUUUCCUGAGCGCUCUCAGAGUGACGCAGGGUUGGGGCAAAAGAAAUGCCCCAUCAGAAACAGUGCUUCUGCAGAGAAGAGGAAGAAGAAGUCCAAGUGGCUCCUAGAAGAUGCGAUUCCGAAUAACAAACUGUCCUGCAGUUGGAUCUCCAACCAUCACAUGGCAAACAUCUUUGACUUCACCCUAGAUGAGCUCCAGAGCCUCAAAAGUGGCUCCAGCCCAUCAGUCAGUAUUGAUCAGGACUCCACUGAUGCCUCCACUUCAGGUUCUGCUACAACCAGCGCCUCCUAUCACUUCAGAAGGAAGGUUGGCAGCCGGAAAAGGAAGUUGCCUAGCAACAGCUACAGACACUGGGCCAGUCGCAGCGAGGGAGGGGAGGAGCUUAGAGGGGAGGAGCCUCCUGGGAUGCUUGAAGACCAAGAAGCUCUUACCCACUUGACCACAGACUCCUCCCACUUCCUGUCUGACCCGACCCAGAUCCCAUCUGACUCCGCCCACCUCCACUCCUCCAUCUCCUCUUAUUUUGGAGUAGCGGGCAGACUGACCAACGGGGAGACGUACCAGGUGUUGGCUCGCCGCAUCACUCCUCAGGGGACAGUCCAGUACCUGCUGGAGUGGGAGGGGACGACACCUUAUUAGGACGUUAACAGAACAGGUUAGAUGAGAUGUUUGGAUUCCUCUUCCUCCACACGCACAGAGAGCUGCUGAUUGGUCACAUUGUGUGGACCAAUCAAGUUUGAAAUAGCGUCUCACUUUUGCACUAGGGCUGUCAAAAUUGCUCAAAAAUGCCGUUUGAAUAUCACUUAAAAACACACAUAUUGGAAUAUAUUUGAGCAUCUGGUUGCUACGUCUGGCCCAGACUGAAGGUCUGAUCCUGCAGCGUCUUUCCUCAGGUUGUGUGUCGAUAACAGGACAAAUGAAUACAACGAGACACAACAUCUUGUAUAGGUCAUUUAACAACGUAUUACCUACACAAAAAGGAGUAAAUGAACUCAUGGCCAGUGACAACAACAAUGAACAAAUGCAGAGUUUUGUGUGAUCUAAUCUAUUAGAUUAUUCAUGCAAUUUAAAGUCCGUACAGCCGCUGAUGCUGUUUUUUACAUUAAAAUAUUUUCACAUUUGAACAAUUAUUCGAAUCUAGAAUAUGUGUUGACAGCCCUGGUAUGAACCCCUGUGAGAUGUCUGCAUGCUGAGGUGAGUUUGGAGGAACCAGGUAUCAAAGAUUAUCAGGAGACUAUUUAGUGAUAACAAAGAGUUUAAAUAGUGCCAAAGACCUUAAACACACUCACACACCCUACCCUCAAACGUGUUGCUUAUCGGGGAAAUUAGUCCUUUAGAAAUGGAACAGACGGACUCACAGGACCGGUGGUGUGCUGGUUACAUUGGUUACCUUGGUUACCUAUGGACCCACGAGCCCCUUUGUGGGUGGAACCUGCAUGUUCUUCCUGCCUCAGUCCAGACAUCAGAUGUCUCUGAUGUCAAAGAAGAAAAAAAACAAAUGUGCUCUAACGCCCCCAAGCUGUCAAACAGCUCACUGCAGCACCUCUUCUCCUCCUUCCCCACCUUCUAGGGAGGUGCAUGGAAGUUAGAGCCCCUCCCACAAAUCAUAAGUGUAAUGAUAAUCAAAGGAAUUUGAAAACGUUUCUUCACAAAGCUUCAUAUUCACUAAAGAUAAAGACUACAAUCUGAGAGUCCAGUGCUUCAUGUGGGGCUUCUUGCACUAUUGUCCCAUUCACAUCUAUGCAAACAUGAACACCAUUAGUGAGCAGUUCAACAGCAGCUAGCUCCAUGCUAACUCAGCCUCUUGGUUUGAAUGAGUAAUGCUAACACUGCUAGUGGUGUCACUGUCACUUUAACCAUGAAGCUUUCCCUUGUUGCCAUGGAAACCAUGCUCCCCUUUUAUUGGACUGUUUUGAUCACAUGACUGGAUGUUUGGCCUUUGUUCCCUUCAGCUGACCAAUCAGCUUUCUCUAUAAUAAAAAAACUUGUCUAA